AUGAGCCGCCAGCUGCACCACCGCCCCGCCGGCGAGCGCACAGGCUUCAGCGGCUGCUCGGCCGUCAUCUCGGGACGGGUGAGCACCAGCUCCGCCUCGUUCCGGGCCGGCGUCAAAGGCACGGCCGCCUUCGGCUCCAGGAGCCUCUUCAGCCUGGGGGGCGGCCGGCGCCUGGCCCUGUGCGCCGCGGCCGGGCGGGGCGGCACCUUCGCGCUGGGCCACUGCUCUGGCUCGGGCGGCGGCCGGCUGGGCGGCUUCGUCGGCACCGUCUUCGGCAGCGCCGGGCUGGGACCAGUGUGUCCGUCCGUGUGCCCGCCCGGAGGCAUCCCUCAGGUCACCGUCAACAAAAGCCUCCUGGCCCCCCUCAAUGUGGAGCUGGACCCGGAGAUCCAGAAGGUGCGCGCCCAGGAGCGGGAGCAGAUCAAGGCGCUGAACAACAAAUUUGCCUCCUUCAUCGACAAGGUGCGGUUCCUGGAGCAGCAAAACCAGGUAUUGGAGACCAAGUGGAACCUACUACAGCAGCUGGACCUGAACAAUUGCAGGAAGAACCUGGAGCCCAUUUAUGAGGGCUAUAUCAGCAACCUGCGGAAACAGCUGGAGACACAGACAGGUGACAGGGUGCGGCUGGACUCAGAGCUAAGGAACAUGCAGGAUUUGGUGGAGGACUACAAGAAGAGGUACGAGGUGGAGAUUAACAGACGCACAGCUGCUGAGAAUGAGUUUGUGGUGCUCAAGAAGGACGUGGACGCCGCCUACAUGAGCAAGGUGGAGCUUCAGGCCAAGGUGGACUCCCUGACAGAUGAGAUCAAAUUCUUCAAGUGCCUCUAUGAAGGGGAGAUCACUCAGAUGCAGUCCCACAUCAGCGACACCUCCGUCGUCCUGUCCAUGGACAACAACCGGGACCUGGACCUGGACAGCAUCAUCGACGAGGUCCGUGCCCAGUACGAGGAGAUCGCCCUGAAGAGCAAGACCGAGGCCGAGGCGCUGUACCAGACCAAGAUCCAAGAGCUGCAGGUCACCGCAGGCCGGCAUGGGGAUGACCUCAAACUCACCAAGGCUGAGAUCUCAGAGCUCAACCGCCUGAUCCAGAGGAUCCGCUCCGAGAUAGGGAAUGUGAAGAAGCAGUGCUCCAACCUGGAGACAUCCAUCGCCGAUGCCGAGCAGCGGGGCGACUGCGCCCUGAAGGACGCCCGGGCCAAGCUGGACGAGCUGGAGGCCGCUCUGCACCAGGCCAAGGAGGAGCUGGCCCGGAUGCUGCGCGAGUACCAGGAGCUCACGAGCACGAAGCUGGCCCUGGACAUGGAGAUCGCCACCUACCGCAAGCUGCUGGAAGGCGAGGAGUGCAGGAUGUCUGGUGAACAUCCAAAUUCUGUGAGCAUCUCUGUCAUCAGCAACACGGGCGCAGGGGCAGGAGGGGCUGGCUUCAGCGUGGGCUUUGGUGCCUCGAGCAGUUACGGCUUCAAGCCAGUGGCCAUGGACGUCAAAACCAAAGGCAGCUGUGGCAGCGAGUUCAAGGAUCCCCUGCCUAAGAGCUCAGGCGGCAGCUGUGCGGCCAGGAAGGCCUCGAGGUGAAGGGCUUGCGGUGACCCUUGGCUCU